AUGGAAGAGUCGGCACCAGCGGAAAGCCAGGGCCAGCUCCCAAGCCCCCACCAUGGCUCACUGAGGAGGGCAGUGGCUGCUGCCCUGGCCCUGGAUGGGGAGUCCACAAUGGGCCACAGGAAGAAGAAGAGGAAAGAGUCUCGCCCAGAAUCCAUCAUCAUCUACCGGUCAGAUACUGAGAAGAUGGAUGAAGAGCCUGAAGAAUCAGAAGGUGGAGCUCAGCCUAAAGAGGAGGAAGGGGAGGAUUUCCUGGACUACCCUGUAGAUGACGGUGUGUGGAACAUGCCUUCGGAUAGCCGCUACGUCACGCUAACUGGGACCAUUACGCGCGGGAAGAAAAAGGGUCAGAUGGUGGAUAUCCAUGUCACCUUGACAGAGAAGGAGCUGCAGGAACUCACCAAACCUAAAGGGCUGUCCCGGGAAGCAGCCCCUGAGGGAAGGAGGGCCUGCCAGGUGGGGGCAGACCAGGGUCCACACGUGGUUCUCUGGACGCUGGUCUGCCUGCCUGUGGUCUUCGUCCUUUCUUUUGUAGUGUCGUUCUACUAUGGCACUAUCACCUGGUACAACAUCUUCCUUGUGUACAAUGAGGAAAGGACCUUCUGGCAUAAGAUUUCCUACUGCCCCUGCCUCAUUCUCCUCUACCCAGUGCUCAUCAUGGCCAUGGCCUCUUCCCUGGGGCUCUAUGCUGCUGUGGUUCAGCUCUCAUGGUCCUGGGGAGCGUGGUGGCGAGCUGCCUGUGACAUGGAGAAAGGCUUCUGUGGCUGGCUCUGCAGCAAGCUGGGCCUGGAGGACUGUUCUCCCUACAGCAUUGUGGAGCUGUUGGAGUCUGACAAUACCUCAGGCAAUCUCUCUAACAAGGACCCCGCCCAGGGAGUAGAAACCUCCGCUGUCUAA